CCCAGGAAGUGGCAUAUGAUUCCUGUAAAAUUAGUUUCCCAAAGUGGGUUUUGUAUUGAGCAAAACAAAGUGUUGGAGCUGAAACUAGUGCAUCAUGAAACAUCGAAUCUGUAUGGUGUCUGAUUUCUUCUUUCCAAACACUGGCGGAGUUGAGAGUCACAUUUUCCAGUUAUCACAAUGUCUCAUUCAACGAGGACAUAAGGUGAUAGUUAUCACACAUUCUUAUGGAGAUCGUAAAGGAGUCUAUUAUAUGACCAACAAUCUUAAGGUGUACUACCUACCAUUCAUCGUCUUCUACAACCAGUGUGUGUUUCCAACAGUGUUUGCCACGUUGCCGAUAAUACGAACCAUCCUCAUCAAAGAAGGCAUCACAAUCAUCCAUGGGCAUUCAGCCUUUUCCACAUUGGCUCAUGAGACGUUGAUUCACGGCCGUGCCAUGGAUCUCAAGACGGUCUUCACAGAUCAUUCUCUCUUCGGGUUUGCUGAUAUUAGCUCCAUACUGACCAACAAACUCCUGAGCUUCACACUGGCGGACAUCAAUCAUGUUAUAUGUGUGUCGCACACCAGCAAAGAGAACACUGUUCUGAGGGCGUGUCUUCAACCAGACAUUGUGUCCGUCAUACCAAACGCUGUGGACUCUACAGUCUUCAAUCCUGACCUCACCAAAAGGAGGAAGGACAGAAUAACUGUUGUUGUGGUGAGCCGUCUUGUGUACAGGAAAGGAAUGGACUUACUUGCGAGGGUUAUACCAGCGGUGUGCCAGAAGCAUCACAGUGUUGAUUUUCUUAUAGGUGGAGACGGUCCGAAGAGGAUUGAUAUCGAGGAAGUGAGAGAGAAUUACGAGCUUCAAGAUAGAGUCAAGAUGUUGGGAGCUCUACCUCAUGAAGAUGUCAAAGAUGUUCUAAAUCAAGGGGAUAUUUUCCUGAACACUUCUCUUACUGAGGCAUUCUGUAUAGCUAUUGUGGAGGCAGCAUGCUGUGGUUUGCAGGUUGUUAGUACAAGAGUUGGUGGCGUUCCUGAAGUUCUUCCUGAUGAUCUCAUCAUUCUAGCUGAGCCAAGUGUCAAGUCUCUAGUUACAUCAUUAGACGUCGCCAUCAACAGACAUAAGACGGGUAACCACGUUCCGGCCCAACAAGCUUAUGAAACGAUGAAGGGCAUCUACACAUGGCAGAAUGUUGCUAAGAGAACGGAAAGGGUCUAUGAUCGGACGCUGACGAUGCCAAUCCUCUCCUUGGCCGAGAGACUUGAACGCUACAAUAAGCUAGGAUUCAUCGCCGGGAAAUUCUUCAUGCUCGUUGCCGUCGUUGAUUUCUUAAUAUACUGCUUCUUUGAAUGGUGGGCACCGAGGAAGAAUAUCAACAUAGUACCUGAUUUUCCUCAAUCACUUCCAACAGAGGUUGACAAAACUAUCCUGCGCAAACCUAAAGAACCACCUGGUCUAAAGAUAACAGCAGAGGGCAGUAUUUAUAAAAACCGGCUAAGACCACGAGUUGGAGUAAAGGGCGACAGGUAGUACAAGGUCUAGCAUCAAUGUUUGUAAAACAAAGGACGGCACGCAAUAAUUGUUUCUUUCAGUUUUUUUUUUUAUAAAUGAGAAAAAUGGGUGCUGGAAAAAGAGGCUUCUCCAGAGGCAUUAAAGAAUGGCUUCCCUUUUUCCAGUGAAGCAAUACAUGUGUAUGCUUUGUAAAUAUAGUUUAUAUUCCAAUUCAAAGUGCUAGCUAUAAAUUAAUUUUUAAAUGAUUAACAGUGAUGAGGACAAUACUUCAGGAGUUUAAUUCCUAGGAAUAUUUUCAGUGCCUAAGUUUCUUGUUUAAACUUCUACGCAAUAGUUGUUUCCUUGGUGUGUAUAUACGUGUACUAUAGUACAUGUCAUAUCUAACUACUGAAAUCUUUUAAGGGUUGUGAAUUUGUUGCCAGCUGAAAUGUAAUGUUUUUUAAUUUGCAUUUUAUCCGUUUUAUAACAGUGUUUUUUUUCCCCC